AAACCUCGAGCGAUCUCUGCCCGCCUCCUCGUCGUUCGCAGGGCUGGUCUAUUGUAGCAGGGUUUUCGCCUGCGAUUCCUUAGCGUUCGAGCGCAAACCAGGCGGUCUCUUCGUCCCUCCGCACGCUCCCACACUCCUGCCAAAGGGCUACUGGGCCCUGCUCCAGGUCCCUCCCCCAGCAGGAUACGAGUCAACUAUUGUAGCUACUGUGAUGACCUCGUGCUUUCGGACCGAGGUAACAGAUCGAGGUCGGUUCGGGGAGGGUGCCCUGAUGCUCUUCGUGUUCGCUGGAAGCUCUUGUGUAUCCUGGGUGAGGGUGCCUUUGGACGUUCCGUGUGUUUUGGCCGGUGGAGGGUCUCAUGUUCUUGACGGCUGCUCUGGUGUCCUAGGUUCGACUCUACCAACCCUCCUCUUCCUCCAGCGGGCAUUCACCAAGGCGGCGGCUAAGCGUGGCCGAGGUCGUGGCCAUGAUCGCGGCCGGGGCCGUGGGCUCGCCAAGGCGGUGGCCAGGCGCGGCCGCGGCCAGGCGCGCGGCCGCGGCCGCGGCAAGUCGACCGGGCGCGCUGCGCCCAAGCGCCGCCCUCGCCGGGUGACGCCCGUCAUCGACCUGGAGGACAGCGCCGACGAGGCCACGGCCGGCGACGGCGACGACGACGAGGACUACACCGACUGACGGCGGGGGCCCUCCCGGCGCCUGCCGCCGGCGCGGGGAGGACCUCUCUGGCCGGGCCUCGAGGGUACGCGGCCGGCGGGGAGGCGGCUGCAA